UCCUUUGUUCUCCUCACAGUUUUCAAAACUCCAUUGCUUCAAAUACUUCUCAACAGCUCCCACCUUAAUUUCCUGCAAAUUGAUUAGAAAUGGCAUACAAGAUCAAAGUAUGGUGCUUCCUACUUUUCCUAUUGAAGCUGGUGUCGAAUUUGCAAAAUUGUGCUCAUGCCGCUCCACAGGUGCCUUGUUUUUUCAUAUUUGGAGACUCGUUGGCGGAUAGUGGCAACAACAACCACCUUGUAACAACUUCUAAAGCCAAUUACCGCCCAUAUGGAAUUGACUUCCCUAAUGGAACCACCGGAAGGUUUACCAAUGGCCGAACCACAGUGGAUAUAAUUGGUGAACUUUUGGGGUUUGACCAAUUUAUUCCGCCAUUUGUAACUGCUAGAGGCAGAGACAUAUUGGUUGGUGUUAACUAUGCAUCUGGGGCAGCAGGGAUUCGUGAUGAGAGUGGAAGGGAAUUGGGUGAUAGAAUCAGCCUGAAUGAGCAAUUGCAAAAUCAUGCUGCUACAUUCAAUCGCUCGAUUCAAUUACUAGGGACUGAACAGGCAGCAACAAAUUACCUUAAUAAGUGCUUAUAUUAUGUCAGCUUGGGCACUAAUGAUUACAUAAACAACUACUUCGUGCCUGGUAAUUAUGAAACAAGUCGUUUAUAUACCCAAGAUCAAUAUGCCAAGGUUUUAAUUGACCAGUAUAGUCAGCAAAUAAAGCGUUUGUACCUCUUCGGAGCCAGGAAAAUUGCCUUGCCUGGACUUAUACCAUUAGGCAGCAUUCCUUACGCAUCUUCUACUCUAUGCCUCAAGAAUCUCUCUUGUGUGGCCAAUAUAAACAACGCAGUCCUACCUUUUAACGCAGGACUCUUUUAA